AUGGCGACCAUGGGCCGCUGGACUUCCGUGCUAGGGCUCCUCGUCGUCCUCCACCUCCUGUACGAAACGGCUCUUUCCUACACCCCCUUGUCUGAGGGUAGCUUGCGAAGCCUCCCCUCCGGAGGCUCUGAUUUCGACAUUCACAGCGGCGCGUUGCUUGCGCCAAUAUUGAUACCCCGAGUGCCGGGCACGCCAGGGUCGCUGAAGGUGCAGGACCACUUUGUUUCCUUCUUCAAGGAGCACCUCCCACACUGGGCUAUUGAAUGGCACAAUUCAACCUCGACGACGCCCGCGACGGGCGACCGCAAGGUUCCCUUUUCCAACCUCAUCUUCCGGCGCGAUCCUCCGUGGGCAGCCGUGGGUGACGUUGGGCGGCUGACACUGGUCGCACAUUACGACAGCCUAUACAAACCCGAGGGAUUCAUCGGGGCGACCGACAGUGCCGCCCCGUGUGCUAUACUCAUGCACGUUGCAAGGAGCAUCGACGAGGCUUUGACGAAGAAAUGGGAUGCGAUGAAGGCCAACGGCCAGACUGGCGACGGCCUCGGGGAGGAAAAAGGCGUCCAGAUCAUCCUCCUCGACGGGGAGGAAGCCUGGGUGUCGUGGUCCGCUACGGACUCACUCUACGGUUCAAGAGCGCUGGCUGAAGCCUGGGAAACAACACCCCAUGCGGCUCUUUCCACCUACCCCAAUCCGAUAAAUUCCAUAAGCCUCUUCGUCCUGCUCGAUCUCCUUGGUGCCGCGGGUCCCAGGGUCCAGUCGUACUUCCCGACCACGCAUUGGGCAUACAGGAAUCUGGCGACGAUCGAGGAGCGGAUGCGGAAGCUCGAGCUACUCGAGUCUAAACCGACGGCGCAAUUCCUCCCCGAGAAGGACAAGACACAGUUCGGCAGGGGCUUUGUACAAGACGACCACGUCCCGUUCAUGGCGCGCGGCGUCGAUAUUCUACACGUCAUACCUUACCCCUUCCCGUCCGUAUGGCACACCAUGGAAGACGAUGCCGACCACCUCGACAUACCAACUGUGAGGGAUUGGGCCCGGAUCAUGACGGCGUUCGCGGCCGAGUGGAUGGAUCUGGAAGGGGACCUGCCGCAGCUCCCGCACGAGAAGCCUGGAAAGCGGCGUCUUGGAGGGAAGCUUAUCGAGACGACUUCGAGGGUCUGUUACCUUACCUUUGGUCCUGAUGUGGGCUACCAGCCCAGGUCACGUGCUGGUGCUGCGGAGGCCGCGUCUUCAUGGGGGUUUGACGAAGCAAGCGUUGCUGUGUCGUCGAAGCAAGGACCCGCCGGCGCGAAGGCAAAGCUCAGCUCAAAGGCACCUCUGUCGAAGCCAAUUGCUCUUGGGAGCUCUGAUACUGUCAAGGUCACCUUGACAGCGAAGGACAAUGGCAAGGCGAAGCGACCUCAUCAGGCAUUCGUGGUGCUUAGGGAGGUGGAAUCGGGACUGGAGGCCCCAUUCCCGCUUUCGGUGAAGGAGAACGGACAGGGAACGGUGCAGAUUUCCCGGAAGGACCUCCCAGUCCAGUUCCUCCUCGCGACCAAACCCCUCAAGGCUUCAGUCAUCGUGGCAUCUUUCGGAUCGGCUGAAGGCCUGAACACCCCCGUCUUCGACCUGGAGAUCAAGCCCGACUCGACUACCCCUGCCCCGGCUUACGAGAAGCCCGUCCGCUACGGCAAACGGCCCGAGAUCGCCCACACGUUCAGGGCCGACCCCCAGAGCCCCCCCAAGAUCGUAUCCUUGUUCUUUGCCCUAGCGGUACUGCUGACCGUGCCGGUCCUGUUCAUCAGCUGGCUCGGCCUCGGCGCGAACCUCAGCCACCUUCCGAAGGCGGUCUCGCAAGCGCCGCUCUCGCACGCCGCGUUCCUCGGCUCGAUCAUCGCGAUGGAGUUCGUCUUCUUCCUGUACUACAGCACCUGGAACCUGUUCCAGGUCCUGCCGGCCAUUGGGAUCGUGGGCGCCGUCGCCAUCAUCAGCGGGCCCAAGGCCCUGGGCGAGGUGCAGAGCAGACGGCUUGCUGGGGAGCGGUAA